AUGAAGCUAACAAUAUUAUUGAGCAUAAUAUACAAAGUACAAGCUCAACCUGUUAAAUGUGACCAGACUCCACCACAAGUAACAGCAUCUGAACCAAGUGAAAAUAAAGGAUUAUUCAAACUGUCCGUAGUAAGAAGAGACAAUGACACCAAGAACGUCUAUCUUCCUGACCAGACAUAUGUUUUAAUGCUCGAAACAACCGAUCCUAACCGCACUUUUAGAUGGUUUAUGAUAACAGUUGAAGAUCCCGACGUGGACAACACUGCUCACGGGUUUGAACACCAACCCGUGGAUGUGGGAAGUCUCAAGACGUUAGCAAGUAACCAGCAAUCUCGUUAUAGUGAGAGAUGUGCCAACUCGGUUGAAAGUGCCGAUUAUUCAGAAAAGAGUUAUGUCGAGAUACAUUGGGUGUCGCCAAAGAAUAGUCCAAAACGGAAAGUGAGGCUUCGUGCCACGGUCGUCGAAAAUCCAGAAAUGUGGUAUACAGAGGAAGAUUUAACCAUCUUGCUUAAAAAAGAUGACCGUAAGCCGCUGGACAGUGCUCCUUAUCCAACUAUUGAACACUGCGAUCUUCGAAGCGAAGCACGGUACGAGAUAACUUUCCAUGGACGUUGGUCAAGGCUGACCCAUCCACGUCAUUAUCCAAGUAAGCCUGAUGAGAAUGGCUACAGUCACAUGAUCGGUGCGUCCCACGCCUACGAUUUUACACUGUGGCAUCACGGCACAAUGGCCGGCCCCGGACUGAAGCUGUUGGCUGAGGACGCUAAUAUUACCGUCAUUGAAAGAGACAUAAUUAAUAACAUGUCAACCACAGGAGGUACAAGGACGUUAAUCAGAGGGAAGAGACGCCAUCACCCCGAGAUGUUUGAACCGUCGCACUCUCUGUUCAGAGCGGACAGCAUACACCAUUUGUUCUCCAUUGCUGUUGCGAUGAAGCCAUCACCAGAUUGGUUUUUGGGAGCAUCGCGCUUUGAGCUCUGCACACCUUUUGGGUGGUUGGAUGAGCACGAAAUGCCGUUGUACCCUUGGGACGCAGGCACCAUGGAUGGGGUCUCAUAUGAGUCACCGAAAUCAGUAACAAACCCAACAGACAACAUUGACCGAGUGGAAAUAGGUUCUUUUAACAGCGAGUCGCCUUUCUAUCAGAUGAAUUUAAACAACUUGAAACCUUUCGCGUACCUCCACGUCAAAAGACUCGCUGUUUAUCCGAUAAAAGGACGCAACUGCAGUGACAAUGGUGAAGAAGCCGAAGAAGAAUCAGACGUCCAAAACGAUCAAGAGGUAGCGAUAGAAGAACCUAGAGUGCUAGAAUCAGUCCAACAGAAAUCGGAGCAUUGCACUUUCAGCGAGUGGUACGAAUGGUCUCAGUGCGUUCCAGACCAAGGUCACUGUGGCUUUGGAACCCAAAUAAGGACACGGUCAAGAUUAGGGAAUACCUACAGUAAUAAAUACUCGGAGGAAAAAAAUAACCAACUUGAAGAUAUUGUGAGUUGCCAGAAGGACCACCCUUUGAUGCAGUCCCAGACAUGUUAUGUUUAUUGUUAA